AUGGAUGCGGUGGCCCUACAGCGCGGUUUCCAACUGAAGGCGAUAAUGCGGCCCGCGAGGUUAAAGAGUCAGAUGGAUGAGGCUGGAUGCCAGCCCUAUCAAACCAUGAUGUUUUACAUAGAUAAACUUGUUCGCAUUCUUUCUUCAUUCGAGAAGGGUGCACUGCGAGAGGCAUUAAAGUUCUGCGGAAAAUCUGAUCCGACCCCGCACAGUUCUGCUUUCAACAUGGGAUAUUUAGUUUCCCCUUAUCCCUAUCACAAUGGGACAACCCCUUCCAUCCCUGUUUCAAUGAUCUCUUGUAAAUCCGUCUUAGGCCUGAGACACAAGAAAUCCAUUCACUCAGUCUACAUCACUCAGAUGAUAUGA